AUGCACGAAAACCAGUUGCUUUAUGAAGCUUUCAGUAUGAAACGAAGAGAGGUACACUCCAUUCUCCAGAAUGUAGCCAAAGAAAUUACGCUACAGUGGAUGUCAGAACUAGCUCUAGAAUGGUGGUCGGAUGUAUGGAUCAGAGGAAGUCUAGCCGAGUAUAAUGCACAAAAUGCCUUGAGUGACAUGUCUGAGAGUCAAUCAGUUGAAAAUGAUUCAGCUGAUUCUCUUCUAGAGUUUUUUCACUAUACACUAGCAUUACCAUUUUCGAAGGAGUUGAAUGGUGAUUCAGCCUUCGUAAGGGCUACAAUAUCUUUAACUGAUUACAAGAAGUUUGGAUUGCUUCUUCGUAUGGCACAAAGUUUGUCUAACAAAAAUGAUUUGAAAGAUAUUUCGAUGAACUUCCUGAAGCAAAAUUCGUUUCAGAAAAUAAAUCAAGAUGAUCUAUGGAAAAUUUUCGAGGGUUAUGCCCCUAGAGGCACAUUCGUUAAGCAAGUAUCUUUCAGUGAAGUCAUGGCUAGUUGCAUGUAUCAAGGUGGCUUUCCAGAAAUAGAAGUCAUAAGAGAUUACAAAUCUGGAACUGCAACUGUGAAUCAGAAAGAAUAUCGCUCAAAGAUCAAUGGAAGUGGUUCCUGUUGGUGGAUUCCAAUUAUCUAUGCAACAAAAAGCGACAACCAGAAAUUUAAUAAUGGCCUGGGGGAAUGGUUGAAAUGUCCACACAAAGCAGUUAUAUUGGAAUACUUAUCGUCAUCCGAUUGGCUCCUACUGAAUUACAAUGUGAAUUUUUUAUACAGAGUGAACUACGAUCCGCUCAACUGGAAGCAUCUACAUUCGACACUCGAAAAUCCCAUGUCUUAUAAUGAUAUACCUUCUUUGAACCGAAUGCAACUUAUAGAUGACCUUUUUGAGUUCACUGCAAGAGGAAAUCUGACCUAUGACUUCUUAUAUGAAUUUUUGAAUUAUCUGAGGUUUGACAACAGCUAUGCACCCUGGGCAGCAUUUGCCGAAAAUGUCUACAUCUUGCAUUGGCGAAUAUAUCCUAAUCGUGAAGCAAUACAUCUGUUGAAUUUGUACGUGCAGAAUGUAUUGAGACGCCAUUUUAAUAACAGGAAAUUGAACUCUCAGGGAGAUUCCUAUUCCACCUUCAAUCUCCUCAUCACCGAAAUAGCUUGUUUUUUUGAACUGCCUGACUGUUUGAAAGAAGUUGAAGACGCUUUUUACAAAUAUCGAAAAAUGAAACUCCCGUUUCAUAUCGAGUCACCCUUUUCAAUAGAUCUUCGAGAGAUUGUGUUCUGCUAUGCUAUAAAACACGAUAAUAAUGAAAACUUCAAGUUUCUUUCCGACGCGUUCAGAAACUCCACCAAUAUUUUCGAGAAACAAGAUAUGUUGAGUGCUUUAUUUUGUACGAGGAAGGUCUCACUACUUGAAGGUAUACCUAUAAGUGGAAAAAAAGAAAAAAAAAGGAGCGUUGAACACAAGGAGGAAAGAAAUUUUCAGAUCAGAAAUAUAAGAGGACCAUUACCAAGAACUGCCGAAAAACCUAUAAUGUUGAGAUCAAACACACAGGGUGAAACCUCCAAUAUAGAAGUAUCUACAGCAACUGAACAGAAUUCAACUACAUUUUUAUCAGAAGAAAGCUCAACAGAGCCAUCAGAGUCGUCCAUUACGAAUACAGAUAUGACUCCCUUAGACGAAAAUACUACUAUGAGUAUUCAGGAACAAUCAUCUAUAAAAACUGAUACAGAAGUCAACAACAAGAGCAAGAUAGAUUCCGAACUCCCGAAUCUCAAACAUAUUAUUUUUCGUUGUGACUUCAGAGUUGUCUCAGAUAUUUUUUACAGAAACAUAGUGCUAGUCGAUCAACAAAGAGCACUUUAUUACAUCUCGCUUUUCACAGAGAGAAUCAACACCAAAGAAGACCUUGAUAUUUUCAAAAGAUUCUUAGAUGAGAAUAAAGAGAAAUUAGACAAUAUAAGAAAAAAUAUUGAAGAAAGGAUACAUAACGUGGAACAAAAUUUUGUGUGGCAGGGACAAAAAACUAAAUCUGUCAUUAGAGCUUUGAAGAAAAAUUUGAAAGUUCGUAAUACGAGAUCAAAUGUUCCGAAAAACUGUUUGAGUCACUCAGUGCAUCUGCUGAGUAUUUCAGGAGCACUCAUUAUUUUUUUGGGUCAAUAAUGAAAUAAUAUUUAAUAAAGCAUAAUUUUGAUAAGAA